AUGAGCAAAGCAGAGAAAAAAAAUGAUGAGGUUUCGUUACUCCAACUCAAUCUCCAUGCAAAAACGUUUACGCCGAAGAUUAAAAAGAGAGUAAUGGGAGCUGUUGUUCCAAAAGCGGUUAAAAUACCCGAAACAUUUCAAGAUGAGCAACCUGUUGUCAUUUCCAAAGAAUUUUAUGCGCCAAUGACAACAAAAUCUGCCGGAAUACCUAACACACAAAUUGCUUCUUUCAAUUUUGAAUCUACGGCAUUCUUUAAACCAAAUUCUUCAAAACGAAAACGUGAUGAGAAAAGUGAAAAAGACGAAAAUUUCAAUAAAGAAAAACAAAACGAACAAGAAGAUCUUCAACACUUUGAAGAGAAAGUUGAUAAAAAGUUGGAAAAACCCGAAACACCAAAGGUAGAGCCAUUAAAAACAUCGUCAGCUGAAAUUGUCGUUUCGGGAUAUAAACUCAAAACAAACUCAUUUUUUCAUUCGAGAAAAUCACAGAAAAGUGAGACGCCGUUGAGUGAAAAAGAAAAGAAAAAUGCCGAAUUACCGAAAGUUGCAGAUGAUGUGAGUGGAACGACGGUGAAUAAUGACGAACACACCGAAAUAAAAAGUGAAAGUCAUGUGUCAUUUGGGAAAGAUGUCAUUUUGGAGAUUAAAAAAGAUAUCCCCGAAAUCUCUCAAUCUCACAUCAAUGCGGAAAAAUUGGAAUCAGAACCCAAUGAACAAAGUGUUAAAAAAGAUGAAAACUUAGUCCAAACCGAAAGCGUUCCAUCACAUGAAGAAAAAGCAGAAGAAAAAGAGGAAAAAAAAGAAAAGAUUUUUGUUCAAGACAAGUGGUGGGAAAAACAACAAAAAGACGAACCGAAAGAACCUGAAAUAAUCGAACCUGAAAAUGAGUGGAAUGAAGUUUUGUCGAAAACAGAGAAGAAGAAGAAAAAGAAAAAACACAGCAAAAAGGCGAAAUCUGAAACCCCGAGACGUAAAGAGAAACCAAAAGAAAUUAAAACGGAACUAAUAGAAAAUGAGAUUGCUGAAAAGAACGAAGAUCAAUUCGAAUUAAACGAGAAAGCACAACACUCAAAUGAAAACCCUGAGAUUGCAAUCACAAAUGAUGAGAUGCAGAACGAGACGUCAGAUAAGGCAGAAAAAGAGAACGAAAUGAUCAUAGAAAAGAGAGACGAAAUCAAGGAAUUCUAUCGUCCAUAUACUUCACCCUCUGUUCCGCAUGAUUCUCAAAGAGAAAGUGUACACACCAAAGGUAAAGCAGAGAGUAGAAGAAAUUCAACUGAAAAUGUGAAUGAAGAAAUGUACAAACCACCUAUGAGAGUGUCUGAAGGUGAAGGCGCACCUACGGAGAAUAACACUAAGGAAACAAAAGAAGAAAGCGAAAAGGAAAAGCAAAAGGAGAUCGAAAAUUAUUACUCACCACCAAUGAGAGUCUCUUCUGGAGAACCAGCACCAAAAGAAGAGUUCAGUCCUAUUAAUGAAAAGGAAGAAGAAACUUAUGUACCACGGUUCAGAGUUACUGAAGGCGAACAAGCACCUAUAGAAGAUGAAUUUUUACCAGAAAAGCCAGUGCCCAUUCCAGCACAAAAUGAAGAGAUGUUAACGGAAACCAAAUUGUCAAGCAUUGAGGACGAAAGAAUUAAAGAAGACAACGAGGCAGACGAGGAGGUGUAUCGAAGAAGCUUGAAUGCCCCACCUCUGGCCCCGUCAGCGACACCAUCUGUCCCACAAAAUGUGUAUUCAAUUGACCAAAUGCUUGAUUUGAGAAGCAAAAAGGUUCGAGCAAGAGAUUCAGUAUAUGAGAUAUUCCAGAGAUUUUUGAUUAAGAAAGAGAAGAAAGAAGAAAAGUUGAUUAAUGUAGAUCAAUCGAAGGCGAUGUAUCGCCAGUGGUUCAAUCAGUUGACAGAACUUACAAUUGAUAAAGUGUCUUCGCAAAUGGCGCUUCAGAUGCGAAGUAAAGAUGAUGUUGAGACGAUGUUGUCGAUCUUAUUCAAAAAUGCGAUCAAUGAGCGGCGAUAUGUGCAGUUGUAUGUGAAGUUCUUUGUGAAAGUGCGCAAUGCGAUGCUUGUAGUUGACACCAAGAAAGACCUUGCAAUUGACAUGAUCAAAUUUCUUCUUGGGAAGGCAGAGAAUCAAUUCACACAUCCACCAACUGUCAGAAUGCCAUCUGAAAAUGAAACAGAUAUCGAACGCAUCGAACGUGAAGAUGCAAAUGCAGUGGAUGAGUUUGAAUAUCUUGGAACAGUCUUCUUGGUGUCAUAUUUGUACACAGAAGGCACAGUCAUCGCUGACUUGGUGCUUCAAUGUCUGCACUCCCUUUCUAACAUCAAAGGAAGACUACCAACAAAGGCAUUCACUACACUCAUCAAAGAAACAUGCGACAAAUUGGUCAACGAGAAGGUCGACAUGACUGACGUGUUGAACACUAUCAAGAAAAUGCAAGCUGUCGACGGAAUCUCAAAAUUCGAACAAAUCGUCUUGGAAAACUCAAAAGACCAAAUCAUUAAGGCAACGAAGUUAUAUAAAGAAAAGUCGGCAAAUGAAAGUCGAAAAGGAAAUACCGAGAAGAAAAAACAAAGAUUAGAUUGA